AUGCCUCACACCCUCCCUCCCGUCGACUACAACGCCAUCGUCGACCCUGUCAUCCCGGCAGGCCACGGUAAGCCCGCCUAUCACGCAGGCGACGACCUCCCCGCCCACCUCCCCGACUCGAAAUCCCAAACUCCCUCUCACUCGCGCCCUGCGUCGCCCUCGCGCGCGAAAGACCCUUUCUUCCGCCGCGACGUUGACCAAACGACUUCUCAGCGCGAAGCGAGCUUGAGUCAGGUGAGGGCGGCGCAGGAUGCGAGUUAUGAGGCGGAUUUGGAGAGGGCUUUGAGGAGGAGCAAGAGGGAGUAUGAGAGCGAGAGGAAGAAGAGUGGCGAGAGGAGCGCGAGUAGGGGAAGGGGGUUGAGCAGGAUUCGUGAGGCGAUUAGGGACAUCGUCAACGACCCCUUCUGGCACCGCCCGACCAAGGACGAAGCCGAGCACCAAGACGACUACAUGAAGCGCAUCAUCAUGGACGAGAUCUCCGCCGCGCGCGCGUCGUCCACCGCCGCCGCUCACGACCGCGAAGCUCGCUCAAAGUCCCGCUCGCGCUUUGCGAGUCGGAACGCGAGUCGCGUCCGUGCGAUUGAUGAGGGCGUGGAAGAGGGGACGAAGGGCAGGGAGGAGGAAGGGAAGGGAGGGCUGGAGGGAGGGGAGGACGAGGCGAGGGGGUAUGCGAAGAUGCAUGCGAGGGUGUGA